AUGACUACCUAUUUUGAGAUACCGGACCGUUUUGUCGGACAACCCUUAUCCCCUUACUCGCUUGCUUCCGACGAGUCUACUCUGCCCGACGAGGUUUCUGCUCCAGACGAAGACUGUUCUGUCCCUCCUGGUGAUGAUCCUGUGGUCAAGGCCGAAGACACUGAGGUGCCUAUGCCGGGGUCUCCAAUCGAUACCCGUAGAAGAGUCGAGGACCAUAUUCCGGCACCUCGCCCUCCUCCUCCGUCGUUUUCCGACAUCCGACUGUUUGCCAUCGCCGCAGCAUUUCAAGCGAGCUCCGACGGUCAAUUCCUUUUUCACUACCAGGAGAGACACGCCCGAUCGCCAUCGCCUCCUCGCUCUUCUGAGUACUCUGGAAGCGGAUCCGCUUCUUCUCCUAUCCGAGUCGAUACGCCACCUCCCGCGGAACCCUGCUACGUCUACCCUCCUCACCCCAAUCCUGAUGUCAAGUUAACGCCCGAAGAGCGCGGUCCUAUCUGGGCCGAGGUUGUACAAGAAGACGCGGUUCUGAACGCGCGACGACAUAUCAAGACCUUCUUCCGUUCUUAUUUCGAGUUACUGGACGGAGACGUCCUCAAUCACCCCCGUCGUAGUGGAGGCUACAGGCGAUUAGCGCGCUGUCGAUUGUAUGAAAACGUUAUGGAGGAGCUGGACCGUGUGCUUGAGACUGUAGACCAAGUGCAGAUGACUGUUAUAGAAUAA